AUGCCGAAGACCGAUGAACACAACGCAACAUCCCGCUCAUCAAAGCAGCCAAAGCCCCGGCAGCGAGUGCAUAAGCCACCGCCCGUUCUAGAGGUGCCCGAUAUCAAUGAGGAUGCUUCGGAAAGAAAGAGGAUAUUGAACGUAUUGGCACAACGUCGCUACAGACAAAGAAAACGACAAAAGAAACUGGACCCUGCUGCGGGAAACGAUGACUCAUCUCGUGAAGAAAGCGUUGGCUUCGAGGGAGCUGUUCAAGACCCGACACAGGCGGCCUCGCCUCAUAUCGUCGCAACAAGAGCAGGUAGCUACGACGCCUCGUCAUCGCAAGCGCCGUCGCAGUAUGGAGAACCCUCAAUGGCAGAGUUUGAUAUGCCUCCAGAGUGGAGCACCUAUUCAUUAAGCCCGGCAAGCUCAGACUUUCUACUCGCACCAGGCGAGGAACCUGCCUCAGAGACGAAUAUGCCAUAUAGUUCCGGCGCAUAUCUGCCCAAUGUCACGGGGGUGGCAACCCAGUCUUAUAAUAUCGAUCCGAACCUUUACAUGGACAUGUCGUGUCCAUACAUGGACGAGUACUCGUCCCGGGCCCGUGCAGGUGAGGAAGCUGCGCCAUCGUACGCAUUUCCAGAAUCUUACCCGAUUACUAUGCCCGAGCUCAAGGUGCUUCAGGCGUUCGUUCAACUCGCGACAAAGUUGAACUGCGAGGGUCCCGUGUGGCAUCUUCGCGCCCCAUCGUCCUUUGGCGAGACCGCCAACAUUCCUGAUGUCUCGGGCCUCAGCCUCCCACCUGUGGAAUUGACCACAAAGACGGGCCCUUCUUCCUCUCUGGUCAUUGAAUUCCCACCAUGGCCCUCGGUCCGGCAGAGGCUUAUCGGGGUUUUGCCCCUCCCGGGCGAACUGGGGUCACAUCUCUCAGCCGACUCGGGAGGGCCCAUGGACAAUUUAUUCUAUGGCGUGGCAGGAGAUUCCCAAGGAGUCCGCAUUUGGAGCCAUGCACCACACGAUGUAUACAUGCAUGCAUACCAACUAUUUUCUGAAGAGUGGAAAAGCGAUCACGAUUGCCAGUCGGUGGGACAAGCCAGCUCCUGGAGAUCGACGAGCGACGAUGGAGAAAUUCAAUAG